AGCGGGAGUGGUGGCUUCUAGAAGGGGAGCCGCGAUGGCCUCGCGCUAUAUAUCCAGGCUCGCCCGCGUGAGCUCUCACCUGUCGCCCAACCCUCUCAUGGCUUCUGAGAAGGAAGCAGCCCUCGCCGCCGCCCCCCCCUCCGAUUCUCCCACCAUAUUCGACAAAAUCAUUAAGAAGGAAAUUCCUUCCGCUGGUUUUGAGGAUGAUAAGGUGCUGGCUUUCAGGGACAUCUCUCCUCAAGCUCCAACACACAUUCUGAUCAUCCCAAAAGUGAAGGAUGGGUUAAGUGGACUGUCUAAGGCUGAGGAGAGGCACUGUGAGAUUCUUGGGCGCCUUCUUUACACUGCCAAACUUGUUGCCAAACAGGAAGGCCUUGAAGACGGCUUUCGUAUUGUGAUUAAUGAUGGACCAAGCGGAUGUCAAUCAGUUUACCACCUUCACAUCCACCUCCUUGGUGGGCGACAAAUGAACUGGCCACCAGGCUAAGUUCAAAACCACGUACUGGAAUCAAAAGGAGAGAAUUCGCUUAUAUCCUGUCAUAAGACACUUAUUAAGACCUCAGCUAGACUCUGCUACUUUCUAGCGAUAUUUGAAUGACAUGAAUGAAACCCUGAUAAUCUAUGGAGAGUGCCGUAUCAUUGGCCUCUUCACGGCAGCUAACAUGCCAAGACUGUCUGCUAUUUAGCUAUUUGCACGGUGAGCGUGAUCAUGGCGUACUUACUCCUUUCAAAAAGAUUACUUUAAUCAAUCACUGAUCAGAGAACUUCUGUGGUAAGGCAUGAUGUGUAUGUUUUUCUGUUUUGCGACGGUUUAUAAAUGACAGUCCGGUUCUCUUUUAUA